UUUUACAAAUAUCAUGUUGGGUAAACUAGCUAUUCUUAUUUCACUUUAUUUAUCUAGUUGAAUGAAGCCAUGUAUUGUGGAAUUGCCCAUGAAGCACAUGUACGCAGAUACGAGCUAUAAGAAUACCGGGACAUCACAUUUUAAAAUGGGUUUGCUUUGGAUUCCGUCGCUGACAAAGAGCAAUACUACUUGUUCACUGUGGAAGAGUUGCUAGCUAAAUAAGUUAGCUAGCUUCUAAUUCCUGCAAUAUAGCUAGCAAAAAGCUUCUCUAAGGCAAGAUGAGUGGUAAUUCUGGUAAAAAUCCUGUGCCCGUCGACACCAAUGGCAUUACUCCAUUUCAACAGAUGUUGGCUUCCUGCUCAGGGGCUCUCCUGACGUCAUUGUUUGGAUGCCUUUAUUAAGAUAGUCCGCAGGGAAGGUAUCAAGUCGUUAUGGAGCGGCCUUCCUCCAACCCUUAUCAUGGCGGUCCCGGCGACAGUGAUCUACUUCACGUGUUACGACCAACUGCGUGCUGCCCUGAGGGUCAGGAUGGGGUCACACGCUGAGGAGGCGCCUCUACUAGCAGGCGCCCUCGCCAGAGUGGGCUCUGUGACAGUGAUCAGUCCGUUGGAGCUGAUCCGUACUAAGAUGCAGUCCCAGAGAAGUUCGUACAGGGAGCUGAGUGAGGUUAUCCACUCUGCAGUACGCAACGAGGGCUGGCGGUCUCUCUGGAGGGGCUGGGGACCCACACUGCUUAGAGAUGUGCCCUUCUCAGCCAUGUACUGGUAUAACUAUGAGAAGGGGAAGGCGUGGCUGUGUAAGCACAACCACAUCAGAGAGCCAACGUUUGCCAUCACCUUCAUAUCCGGAGCGGUGUCUGGAUCAAUCGCUUCCAUAGUAACUCUUCCCUUCGAUGUCGUGAAGACCAGGAGGCAGGUGGAGAUAGGGGAACUCCAGGCUAUGAAUUUGUCGUCCAAGGCCUCCUCCUCUACUCUCAGUGUGAUGACCAAGAUUGUGGCUGAGAACGGAGUGGGUGGACUGUUUGUAGGUUUCCUUCCCAGGGUGAUCAAGGUGGCCCCAGCCUGUGCCAUUAUGAUCAGCUGUUAUGAGUUUGGGAAAGCCUUCUUCCGCAAGCACAACCAGGAGAGGCUGCUGACCAGCACCACCUGACCUGACUAGGGCCUCUCACACACACAAACCACCACCAUAGACAAUACCAAGAACACAAUCAGCCAUCGCCAACAGUAGGUAUUGGCUACCUUUCCCUGGGUCCUUAGAGAUUUUCAGGUGUAACUUUGCAUGCCUGUGUCCUCCCAGCUGCUUAGACACUCCAACACUCCUCACUGUUAUAAAGUGUUCAAGUGUGAUCUGUCAUGGGACUAGCUGGAAGUAGCUAAUGUUGGCGUUUAGGACCGAAGAACACCAGGACUUGAUUCUGUUCCAAAGCAGGUAAUACUGGCAGACAUGAAAACAAUAUUGAAGACAAAUAUACAAAAAUGUUCUUAUAUUUCUCAAUCAAGGUAUACUGCUCUUAAUCACCAUACUAAUUGUGACAAGAGAAAAUAGUAAAAGAGCACAGAUUUUAUUUGAAAUAUUUUCACAACUACUUAAAUUAUUUGCAUAAUCUUUUUCCUGUGCACCCAUGAUGAAAUAUCAUGUUAUGAAGUGCAUUUAAUUACACUGGCCUGUAGGUGUUAGAGACUUAUCUGUAACCAGAAACUGAGUGGGUCAUAUUGGACAAGUGUUUUAUCCCAUUAUGUUAGUUAUUGAGGUAUGGGGGUUGUGUGCACUGUGCCAUCCGGGGUCUGACAGUAAUAAUAAUCAUUUGAUGGAUGCGUAUAUUUGUCCUUUUUCACACAUGUACACGUGUGUAUCAUACCCAUGGCUGAAAUGGGGAAAUGUCUUUUUUGCAUAUCCCGAUACCCUCGGAGAGCGGAGUCAGGGACAGUAGAGAUGAGGGUCAAAGCUGUGGAUGAGGCGGGAUAACUUCUGGUUAGUAGUCUCUGUCCCGCAGAACCCCCUCUCAUUCCCUGCCGCUUUCUCUCUCUCUCAAUUCAUGACCCUAACUCUCACCUCAUUCUCAACCCUAUUGGAAGAGAAGGCCCAAGGUCCUUCAGGAUACAUGUUCUGUUCAGUGCCAGACUGCCAGUUUAAACCUGAAAUUCAACUCUUCACUUGCACCUCUUCCAGAAUCCCAUAUUCAAUCCCCAGUCAGCCAGACAUGGACUGUGAACUGUGACAACCUGUACAUGUUCUCAAAACAUGUAGCAAUGAUAUAUAUUUCUAUUGUUUAAUAUAUUCUACAAUGAUCACCUGUAGUGACACGUUUUCCAACUUUGUACAGAAAUACAUAGAAUAAAAGUCCAAUUUUGACAGUUGAA